UGCAGGCCCCGAUAUGGAUGCCAAGAAUCUUGCCAAGUUGAAAAGGCAACUGGCAAAGGCUGACAAGAAGAAGGAAGAGCCCCCGAAGCAAAAGCCGGUGGACCAGUUCUUCCAGCGUGCUGAGGCUGCCCAGACAUGCGAGGACCCAGAGCCCCCGAAGGGGGAUGCCGCAGACGCUGAGGGCUCCCAAGCCUUGGAGCUGAAAAGGAAGAUAACCGGGAAGGGCGUCUUGCCUCCGGAGAAAAAGAAAAAAGGGGUUGCUGAUAAGGACGUCCCUGUCCUCGGGAUUGAGGAGCGUGCUUCCUCCGAGUCCCCGGCUCAGCUGGCUGAUGGAACAUGGCCUCGGGAGAAUGUGCAAUUUUCCGUCAAGAAGGGGGUCGCCAUUGUCCACGGCACCAUGGACCCGAGGGAGUUCCUUGAUGGCGCAACUCCACCGUUGGACAGGUCCGCCCUCGGCCGCCUUGGGGAUGAUGCCAUCGAGUCCAAGCUUCUCCACGCCUCCGUCACCGCCAGUGUGGUGCUCGGGGAGCACAUUCGCAGAGUGGAGCAAAUGCGCCUCCGGAAGGCGCAAGAUGACGAGGCCCUCCGCAAGCUUGUUGUGAAGAACACGGAAGCCAUCAGGAAGAUGGCCGAGCUCGAGGAAUCCCUUCGGAAGGCGACCGAGGGGAUGGAACAGAAGUUAAAGGCCGCUGAGGCCAAGGGCAGAGCCGCCGCUGAGGCGUCCGCCGCCGAGGCCGCCAAGACCGCCGCCAUUAAGGCUGAGGAGGCACAGAGGGAGGCGGUACUCCAAGCCCGGGAGGAGGCGAUUUCUGCCUUUGUUGCUGAUGGUUGGAAAGUCG